UGCGUUUCAAAACCGAGCGCGCUGCCUACUUAGCGUUGCAGGCAUUUCAGCUGCUGAGACGAAGCGCUUUCAGACUCAGUGGUCUAGGUAGGCAGCUCAAUGAGCAUGAACACAGAGCAGGGCUGUUGGUUUCGCUCUCUCCCCGUGAAUUACCCUCGAGACACUACAACGCCUAAGCCAACGCCCCGCACACUCACACUUUCCAGUCCGCAUCUGCUGCUCUGACCAGACUGUGGCUCGGACACUCAGAAGCUGCGUUAGCUAUAAACGGAGCCUUUUAACAGACCGUGUUUGUGAACGUUUGCUGAUACGGACGCUAGGCUUCAUAAGAAAGCGUUAUUUCAUAGGAAAACAUCUUCAGAAUGGCAGAAACUGGGGGAAGUCCGUUUGGAGGCUGUUUGGAGAAACUGAUGAGCUUUGUGCGAACUCGGAAAGGAACCAUCCUGGCCGCUGAAAUAAUCCUCAGUUUCAUCAUCCUUAUCUGUUACGCCGCAUCUAUGUAUGGCGGGUAUUCAGCGGUGGCCAUCUGCGAGAUGGUCUUUGCCAUCAUCUUCUUCGUUGUCUUCAUGAUGGAGCUGGACAAACAGUUCCUGGUGGUGAACUGGCUCUGGAGCGAUCUCAUCCGCGCUGUAAUCGGUGCAGCGCUUUAUCUCAUAACCUCUCUGAUCUGUGUGAUCGGCGGGGCUGGAGACGGGGCUCGCAUCGCUGGUGGGGUGUUUGGCCUGCUGGCUGGGAUCUUGUUUGCUUAUGAUUCCUACACGAUUUUCUUGGACAUCAAGAGCAGCAGACAGCAUACAGCUGCUCCCACAGGUCGCUGAAGGCCGUCUGCCGGAUGUUUACGACUGACAUUUGGCAUUUGAGCCAAACAGUUAUUCUGUGGCAACACUGGUAUCUCAGCGAAAGCUAUGCCGCUUCACGUGUCUGCUCUUAAUGCUGUGUAACUAAAACAACUUAACCUGACUAACUGUUCCCCGGUUAUUCAUUUUGCAUCUCCCUUUUUUGUUUUCUCUCUUUGUUUUUUAACAGAUGACACAGUUUGAACUACUUUCCUCACUACAACAUUAACAGCAACCAAAACAUGGAGAACAAGUCUAAAAAUGGCAAAAGGAGUGAAUUCCUGAGAGUUACGGUGAGAGAUGCAGACCAGAGGAAUGCAAAAGGGACGAAACAUUACACAACAAAAGAGGUUUAUGUACAAAAGGGAUGUAAAAUGAAGGAACAGAAAGCUGUCGGCAUUCAAAGAUUCAUUCCGGCAUCUUGGUCAGGCGGCUGUCAUUACCACAAAUGUGUUGUUGUCUUGGUCGGUUACAAAAGCACUAUCACAACAUUUAGUAACAUCAGAUAAAUCUGACAACAUGAACACAGUGUUCAGAAGAGUUUCAAAGUCAGUCUGUCUUCCCAUUCUUUACUAGAGAAAGACAAGUUUUGACCAAGUCAUUAUAUGGAAGUUGUGUUGGAAAACUUUAUUUAAUUCGGUGCUGUUUUUUUAUGAUGAAACAUUAAGGUUGCUUAAGUUUUUUAUGGUGACAUUUAUAACCGUAAGUGUUCAAAAUUUGCUAAAUGUAUAUAAUGAGCGAGUACAUCAUGAAUUAAUCUUCCAA